GAUAAAUUUAAACUCGAGUAGGUAAUUGCGCUAUAAGUACCGGUGUCCCUGAACUUAAUAUUUUUUUUUUUUGUUCCUGCUCGUUUUCACAACACAGUGCUAUUGUAAAUUCGCCUUCUCAACGUAAACUUAUAUAUUUAUUAGUAAUCGUCGAUUUCUCUGUAAAAAAAAAACAAGUGCUUCUACAUUAUUUGGGAGAAUAUUUCGUUUGAUAUUUACUCAGCUGUCGAUUGUCAACACAAUAGAAGAAUAGAAUCGAAAGUAACUUUAUCUCAACUGCGAAUUCUGAUUUAUUCGCGCACGUACCCAUAAAAUAUAAAAAACUUAGACCGGUCUCUUGAGAGCGCAAUUCGGAAAGUGAUAUCGCUGAAGACGCUUACAAGGUUUAAAAUACUUUUACAUCAUGAAGAUUAUCAUCGUGCUAAUGAUGAUAGCGUACGGCCACUGCCAGGACAUCUCCCUGCGAAUCCUCGGCGGCGAGAACGCCGCGCCGAAUCAGGCGCCGUGGAUGGCGGCGUUGAUUCGCUACGACGAGGACGUCUUUUGCGGCGGCGCCCUGAUCACCCCGAGACACGUCCUGACGGCGGCCCACUGCGUCAGUCCGUACACGGCCGAGGAGAUCUCGGUGCUGCUCGGCAGUCCCAGUCUGGAAGAGGACGACGAUCCCGAGCUGCUGUUCCGGGCGAAGAGACUCAACUACACGUCGGAUCACGUUAAUUUGGAGGCGCCCGGCAUGGGCAUGAUAACGCUCGAGAAGGAGGUCACCCUGUCGAAAACCAUCAGGACGAUCCCGCUCGCCGUGACGGAAACUCCGGCCAACGUCUGGGCGACUCUGACCGGCUACGGCUACCAGCAGAGGCAGGAGAACGGCGGAAGCAUCGCCCCGUACCUGCAGACGCUGCCCGUGAGGACAGUCGAGCGCGCCAGAUGCGCGCAGCUGCUGCAGGGAUUGGCCAAGAUCGGCCCGCAUUCUCUCUGCGGUUACACGAGCCCUACUCAGGGCGCCUGCUCGGGAGACAGCGGAAGUCCUCUCGUUUAUCAAAAUCGACUCAUCGGCAUCGCGGAGAGCGUCCAUCCCAAUUGCGCCGCGGGAAAGCCAGACGUUUACAUGGACGUCCUGUACUAUCGGUAUUUCAUUAAGUAUUACAUUGGAUUCAAAAGCCCUUGAAUA